CCCUGGUGGCUGCCCUGGCGGGUCCUCAAACUUUGAUGGUGUUAGCUUUCAGUUUUCCUGCUCGUUUAGGGAAAGCGACAGGCAGCUUCAAGGAAAGGAGACUAGAUUCCGGCUCCGGAAACACGGGUUUGGAGACAGCCCUUCGGCCCGCGGAAUCCGCAGCCUGAAACCGCGGAGACUGCCCUAGACGCGGACGAACCUCCGAGAGGUAGUGAGACCACCCUUCCGGAGGUGGGAAACAAGGGCCUGGCCUCCGCAAGCCCCUCUGAAGAAGAUGACUCAAGACCAGCCUUUGCUUGCGGUGCAGGAGGCUCUGAAGCGGUGCUUCCCGGUGGUGGAGGAGCAGCAGGGCCUGUGGCAGAGCGCGCUCGGGGACUGCCGGCCCCUCCUGCUGUCCCUCAGCAACCUGGCAGAGCAGCUGCAGGCGGCCGGGAACCUGCGGUUUGAGGACGUGCCACCACUUCGGGCCUUCCCAGACUUACAGGAGCGGCUGAGGCGCAAGCAGCUGUUGGCCGGCGACACUGUCUUGGACAAGCUACAGGAGAGGCUAACUGCCCUGCUCAAGGUGCGUGACACUGUCAGCAGCCAUGUGGAGCGAGUGCUUCAGGUCUAUGAGCAGCGUGCAGAUGCGGUUGGCAUUGGCGGCGUCCUUCAGGCCUCUGCCGUGAGCCCUUCUGUGGCCGACAUGUUGGAAUGGCUGCAGGACAUUGAGAGACAUUAUCGAAAUUCGAAGUUACCUGAAGAGAAAGUACCUCUUGUCCUCCAUCCAGUGGGGAGACUUGGCAAGCAUCCAAGCUUUGCCCAGGGCCUGGGACCGGAUUUCAGAAGACGAACACCAAAACCUUGUACGAGAUACCCUACUGAAUGUUUCCUUCUUCCUAGAAGAGUAAGGAAGCGGUGUGUUCAUCAGCAAACUAGUGGGACACAGUUGAAGAGCGACACUGGUGCAUUGUGGUGUUUCUGAAGAAUUGGCAGCAUUGUAACCUGACACGCUUGAACGUUUAGCGCCUAGGGCCUGAGGACUGGCCCUCAGGAGGACUGUGUUUCUAAUGUCGCGGCCUCCCCCUGCUACGUCACGGCUGAAGGUACGUGGGCCACCGCUUGCUCUUUCCUAGGCUCGGGGGUGGAUGGAAGCAGAGAGAACGCAGGAAAGGUGGUACAGGAGAACGUCGGGGUCAGGAGCCACAACCGCAGACGUGGGAGGGAAGGAAAGGACGGGGGAGAGAGUGGCAUCGGCCUCAGCAUCAUCCACAGCUCUGAGCGUGGUUGACACCCGGCCCUGUUAUGUGUAUUUGAAUCAGUACCUGAUUCCCUGACGGAAGAUGAUUCUUCUUGAUGAUUUAAAGAAAGAAGGGUGAUAUUGAUGCAAGACAGUACAGAUCUUCCUCGACUUAUAACGGGGUUACAUCUUGUUAAUGUCAUCACGUAAGUUGAAAGCAUCAUGAGUCGAAAAUGUAUUUAACACACCUAACCUACCAAACGUCACAGCUGAGCAUAACCUGCCUUAAAUGUACCCUGAACACUUACAUUAGCCUACAGUUGGGCAAAGUCAUCUAAUGCCAAGCCUACUUUACCAUAAAGUAUUGAAUAUCUCGUGUAACUGAUUGCAAAACAGAAGGGUUGUAUGGGCACAGAGUAGCUGAAUCAGUUGUUUACCCUUGUGAUCUUGGGGCUCACUGCCGCUGCUGCCCGGCGUCACAAGAGAGGAUUGCACCGCAUGUUGGCAGCCCAGGAAAAGAUCCAAGUUCAAAAUCUGAAGUACGGUUUCCAGUGGACACGUAUUGCUUUUGCACCAUCGUAAAGUUUGAGAAAGCCGGAGUCAGAGCAGUCUGUGUGUCAUUGUUCCCCAGCUGCUGUAGCUCCUCAUCGUUAUCAUCGUCAUUCAGUUCCCAGAGUCCGCCGCCAGGGGGAGGUGGCGCAGCACGAAUUCAUCUCCGUGCUUUGUCUGAUGGUGCUCCUCUGUUCCCCCACUGUCUGUCUGAGAAUUCAGUAACUGGGCAUAUUAAGAUGGCUAAAAUGACGGGGUUUUGUGUUUUGGAUUUUUUUGACCAAAGCUGGCACCCGCUUCACCACAUCCCUCUGACCUUGGGGUAGCUGCAUGGUGGGAGAAGAGGGCCCAGAAUCAGGCCAUCAGCGUUAGUUUCUGAAGCUCAGUGCCUUCCCCUGUCAAAUGGUUGGGUACUUCCAGACCUGUCAGCUUCCUAGGCUGUGGAAAAAUCUGGGUCACUGGCUGUAAAGAGGCUUAAUAAAAGGUAUAGAUAUUUUUAAAAUGAAGAGGACUUUUUUUUAUUAUUACAAAAGUGAUCUAUAUGCUUUUUAAAAAAAAAUCAGGAAAAUUGUGGGAAAAAAGUUUAAGUGUAGAAAAGUAUGAAACACAAGCUUCAUCAGAGAUAUUUUGAUAUAUGCUCUUUCAGUGUCCGUAUUCUCAAAUUAAAAAUAAAAUGUGGCAUCAUUGACAUAUGCUGUUACU